AUGGCACAACCUAAGACAAAGUAUAAGGAGUCUGAAGAUGUCGCAAGAUAUAUGGAAAGCCUGGCCCAGGAAGAGCUGAAUGAAACCAAGAGUAAGUGUGUCUUGAUGGAUUCUGAAAGGCGAGAUCUACUCUAUUGUAUGAAGGAGACGAGAACCGCGCAAAAUAAGCAAGUCAUGGUUUACACAAAGAUGACAAGAACAAAGGUUCCAAGGCAUUAUAGAAUUCUACAAAAUAAAGCUAAGCCUGCUUUCGCCAAGUCAUCAGAAGCAAGGCUCGCAAAGGCCAAGUCAUCUUCUGUCAAGAUAGAAGAGUACGAAAUGUAUAUCAAGACAAGAGCUUCGGUUGAAAAGGUACUUUGUUCAUAUUAUGGAAAUGAAACACUGCAGACAAGAAUCAGGGGGUGUUUCCCUCAGUCCGACGAAUCUACUAGUAUCGAUAUGCACGCUACUUAUUUGGAACUGAUGAUUAAGCAGAGACACAUAUCAGAACGUUUGGAUAAUGAUGACAAGACCAAAUUACUUGAGAUUGUAGCAAAAAUGUCCAAAGAAAACAGUGAUCAAGACAGUUUAAAGCAGCAGGCAGGCGAAAAAUUGGAAAAGCUACAAGUCUUUCCGUUUCGUAAAAUGAAGUUCUCCUCCAAGCUAUAUUAUGAUCAAGAUGACCUUAUGUUGAUGAAGAAGCUCAAACAAAAAUUUGGUUCUAAUGCUAUUCUUGUUCUUGAACAUCGCCUUUCUGUCAUUUAUGUGAGGGUAGGUUGGAGAACUUUAAAACAGUACGCAAUCCAAGGCCCUACAAGAGAAAGGCUAGGCCUAUUGUACUCUGUCAUGGAUUACAACGGUAAGAAUGAUGAUAAUGCCAGACAUUAUGAGAUUUCUAACCACAAUAGUUACUGUGAUGUUAGAUGUACAAACUUUGACUGUUUAGAACAAUCAAAGCCAAGAUUGUGGAAUCGUGACCUUGCAGCCGCAGUGAAUAUCAAGAAAAUUCUAACGAGCUUAAGAGAAAAGGGAACACGCUCUGAAUUAUUUACUCGCACAAAAACAGAAGAAUCCUCCACCAAGGUUAUUGCCAGAUCGUAG